GGAAGUCGUUUCUCUUGGUAGCACGUGACUAGGGUUGAGAGACGGAGUUCAAAACGAUAGAACGACGCGCCGAAAGUGUAUAUUUCGCGCGUGAUAUACAUAUAUACAAAGAAAAAACUGUGUAAUAUACGUUGUUUUUCAGUGACAGUGUUUUCUAGUGACUUUUUUGAACUGUACAGUGACAAUAAAAUGAGGACUUACAGUGCGAAAAUCAUUCUUCAUCCAGAUGACUCUUCUUCGUAAUAUAUAUUUAUAUACAUCUUGUCAGGAUGAUAUUAUGAAAGAAACCAAGACAAUUUCCGUUGCAAUAUCUUCCAGUUUUUUUUUCUGACUGACCUAACGAAACCAAACUGGCAGAAUUAGAAGAAAGGUUGGUCUUGAUGCAGCCGACAACUGCUGCAAACGUGCCUCCGAGUGGUGGUGAGAUGGAUUUGCAGGCGAUGCAGAGUAUGGAGUGGUUGUUCAAGAAAGAGAGGAUUUAUCUUUUGGCACAAUUCUGGCAACAGAGGGCGACGCUAGCCGAGAAGGAAGUAACAACUUUAAAAGAACAACUGUCCAGCAACAAUGGGACAAGCAACUGCGAGAACAAAGACACGUCCAACAUGGACAGGCAAAGUUUCGAAUCCGAGAUGGCUACCAAAGAUAAGGAGAUUAACCAAUUACUAGAAGAAGUCCAAAGAUUGCAAGGCUGCAUUAACAAAAUCCAAGAAUCGUCUAUAUCCCAAAUAACGAGACUAGAAGAACAGCUCGAUCAGAAACGACAACAAAUUGCACGACUAGAAAACAGGCUAGACUCACAGAAGGACUACGAUGACCUUAAGAGACAGAUGACGAUAUUAAAGUCGGAUCUGGCUAACAAUCCAGACUGCAAAAGUAUCGAAUUGUUUCUGGAAAACACCAAAUUACAAGGGCAGGAGUUGAAGGAGAAGAACCAGGCAGGGGAUAGUGAAGGGGUGGCGGAUCAUCCAGCUCAACUCCAACCCCCUAUACUCCCCUCUACACCUCCUUCGAACCUUCCACCCCCCUUCCAAAACGUAGACGCCUUCGGAAGCCUCCUAGGCGAGGAAAUCGUCUCCUCCUGGCGAAAAAACAUCGAAACCUAUCAUCAAAAAUCGUCUUUAUCUUCUACAGAUGGUUCCUUGGUGAUCAAAGGCAGUACGUCCUUGUCGGAGACCAACAAUGCAACGGAGAAAAGCAGUACGACUUCAACACCUCAACCGAUGGACAGUACAGGGUACCAGAGUCCUCACGAAAAUUUGGUAGUUGUUAACGGGAACCCAAAAAGUCCUCACGAGGACAACAACAAUCACCAUGUCAGCAAUAACAACAUUCCCUUGGUCGCGACGACUUUUGUGAAUAACUUCCUGCGAUCGGACGAUACGCUCAAGAGUCCGUAUAGGUUUGAUGAGCAUCGAUCACCGUUUAAGUUUGCAGAAGAUUUGGGAAUGGCACCUGGAUCUAUGGUGGGACGGUUGGGAGAAAGUCUGAUUCCCAAAGGGGAUCCUAUGGAGGCUAGGCUGCAAGAGAUGCUGAGAUAUAACAUGGACAAAUAUGCUUCUCAAAAUUUAGACACUCUGAACAUAGCCUGACGUGUUCAUGAGCUACUUUCAAUUCAUAACAUAGGCCAAAGACUGUUUGCCAAAUACAUCCUCAGGUUGUCCCAAGGUACUGUAUCCGAACUACUGUCCAAACCCAAACCGUGGGACAAAUUGACUGAAAAAGGACGGGACAGUUAUAGAAAAAUGCAUGCGUGGGCCUGUGAUGAAAACGCUAUCAUGCUGCUUAAGAGUCUUAUACCAAAAAAAGGAAAAGAGGGUAGCAUAUCGUUCGGAAGACCAGAUAACGACUUAACCGAAGACCGUAUCGCUCACAUUCUCAACGAAGCCAAUCAGUUCACUCAAAUCAAAACUGAAUCGGACACUCACAGCAAUGAGGACUCGAAAUCGCCUCACGGGUGCACCAGUCCAUUCUCGAAGGAUUCCUCGCUAAACAAGAGAUUGAAAAAGUAUGAGAACGAUGAUAUUUCUCAGGAGAAAGUUGUCAGGAUUUAUCAGGAAGAAUUAGCCAAACUGAUGGGCAGAAGAAUGGAUGAGAUUCGGAGUCCCAGAGAAGGUUUUCCUCAAGGCAACGUACCAAUAGACCGAUCGGAUGAGAUUCGAAUGGCACUGGACGCAUACCAUCGAGAGUUAGCCAAAAUCAACCAGACUCAAGCAUCUCCACAAAUGCCAUUAGGCUUAUUAGCCUUGCAACAACAAGCCUUAGUUCAGCAUCAACAGAAUCAGCAACAAAAUCAACAGGCAAUGCAAGGAAUUCAAGCAACACAACCGAUAGGACAACAGAACUCUAAUGGAGGUGUCCAGGACUUAUCCCUACCAAAAGAUAAAGUGAAACUAGUGAAUGGUAUAGAAGACAGUAAAGAAAAAGACGAAGACACUAUGUCACGACAUACAGGGAGUGCGUUUAGUCUUGUACGUCCCAAAUUGGAGCCUGUAUCUGGACCCUCUGGUAACAGUACUGCUUCCAGUCCUUUAGGAAACUCCAUACUGCCUCCAAUGACACCCACCAGUGAAGAUUUUACAGGAUCAGCUGCAGCUUCACCUCUUCAACGGAUGGCCUCCAUCACAAAUUCACUAAUCUCUCAACCCCCAAGCCAGCCACACCAUUCCACACCGCAAAGACCUCUCAAAGCAAUCUUACCACCAAUCACACAACAGCAAUUCGACCUGUACAACAACCUCAACACCGAAGACAUAGUGAAAAAGGUCAAAGAACAACUGAGUCAGUACUCAAUUUCCCAGCGCCUUUUUGGAGAAAGUGUAUUGGGGCUGAGUCAGGGAUCAGUCAGUGAUUUGCUGGCCAGGCCGAAGCCUUGGCAUAUGCUGACGCAGAAAGGUAGAGAACCGUUUAUCAGAAUGAAGAUGUUCUUGGAAGAUGAGAAUGCUGUUCAUAAACUGGUUGCUAGUCAAUAUAAAAUUGCUCCGGAGAAACUUAUGAGGACUGGUGGUUAUGGUACGGCGUGUUCAACGUCUCUUUCAAAACCGCCCAAUCUUCAGCCAACGUCAAAAAUGCUCUCAGAUGCAGCUGGAUUAUUGACUAAAAUCCAGCAAGACUCACAGAAUCUUUCCAACUCCCUGCAGCUUGGCCCCCCUCAGGUAAAUCAGCCUCCAUCACUAGGUCCCCCUAGUGCUGCCCAAUUAUCCCAAAGUCAACUAUUAACUCCCCUAGGAAUGCCCCCACAUCACGCUAUAGCAUUACAGAAUCAAGACUUGUUAAAAAAACAAACUCAUGCGUUACAAGGAGGACAUGGAAUACCAACGCAUCCGAGUAUAGGACAUCAGUCGAUAAGGAAUAUGCACCAGCAUAUAAGUCCGAGUGUUUAUGAGAUGGCAGCACUGACGCAAGAUCUGGAUACACAAGUUAUUACUACGAAAAUCAAGGAGGCGUUGUUAGCAAAUAAUAUUGGCCAAAAGAUUUUUGGUGAAGCAGUAUUGGGUCUUUCUCAAGGAUCGGUUUCGGAGCUUCUGUCCAAGCCGAAGCCUUGGCAUAUGCUUUCUAUCAAAGGCCGGGAACCUUUUAUUAGGAUGCAGCUUUGGCUCCAAGAUGCACAUAAUGUAGACCGAUUACAAGCAUUAAAGAACGAACGACGAGAAGCCAAUAAACGGCGAAGAAGUUCUGGUCCUGGACAAGAUAACUCCAGUGACACCUCCAGCAAUGACACUUCGGAAUUCUACCAUUCGAACAGUCCCGGACCUCAGGGUGCACCCAAUGCCAAAAAACAAAGGGUGCUCUUCAGCGAGGAGCAAAAAGAAGCCUUAAGGCUAGCCUUUGCUUUAGAUCCUUACCCCAAUGUAGCUACUAUCGAGUUUUUGGCUCAAGAGUUGAGUUUAAGUAGUCGAACUAUAACUAAUUGGUUCCACAAUCACCGUAUGAGAUUAAAACAGCAAGUGCCGCACGGCAUGUCACCGGAUAUCCCUCCAAGAGACCAAAACAGCUCACAGCAACCUUUUGAUCCAGUGCAAUUCCGAAUUUUACUCAACCAACGACUGAUGGAGUUGAGCAAAGAAAGGAUGGGUUUGGCAGGAGUACCGCUGCCUUAUCCACCAUACCUAGCUGCCAACAGUAGUUUAGCUGCCUUAAUAUCCAGAGGAUUGCUUCCAACAGGUGACCUGAAUGACCUCACGGCUCUGAACAAUGCGGUAAAGGAACAAAUGAGUGGACUGGAUCUGAGUAUGAGUUCACUGAAGCGAGAACCAAAUGAGUUUGAGGAUGAGGACGAUGUGGAAUCGAAUGUGGGAUCGGAGGACUCGAACAUAUCAGGAAGCUUACACGACGAGACCAAACACGAUGUCAAUAAAGAAACCAAUGUUUCUAGUGGGAACCCAAAUCAAGGCAGAUCUUCGAGAAGAAAACCUGCUGCUCCAAUGUGGGUAAAUCCCCACUGGGAGGAAGAAAAGCACUCGCAAUCCAAUCAAGAAAAACCACAAAAUGCACAGGACGAGAUCAUCAUCAACGGGGUAUGCGUAAUGCAAACAGAUGAUAACUACGCGCAGAGACGAUCGACGUCUGAAGAAACGAUUCGGAUUGAACCUCAAGCUGUCUUGGAUCGCUUUGAGGACGAUCACAGUGAAGCCAGUAGUGUGAGCAACGAUGAUCACCAUCACCAACGGUCUCACGACAACGAAGGUGAUGUAGUUGAAGCAGACAACCAGCAAUCUGACGUAAAUGACACUGGUGACAGGAAUAAUGACAGGGAUGGUGAGUGUAGUAGUAAAGAAGUAAAACAGGAAAAUGCAGACGAACAUUGGGAGUAUUAAGGGUCAUAUUGUGUACGUAUAAAAAUACGGAGACUGCAAUAUAAAUAUGUAUCACUUUGAUGAUCUUUUUUGAAAACAUAAUGUAAAUAUAUUAUAUAUUUAACGAGUACCUUAUAUAUAAUUAUGUAACAUAUUCUUACUGCUGUACGAUAUAUUAUGAUACUAGAAUGAAACAAUGAUGUUUCCAUAAAGAAUUAUUGGAAAAAAAGACACGUUAACUUUGUUAUUUUUAAAAUAACAGAAAAGAGUUUGUGAUUAUGUAAUAACCGGACAAAUGAUAAGCAAGGUUUAGAUACACUUCACAAUUCGGGAAAACCUUAAAAGAUUUUUUGUUAAAAGGCAAUUUAGUAUUAUUUCAGAUGAACUAGAGAGUUCGUAAGACAGUGUAUAGUUAUUUGAUCUUCUUUUUGAUAAAAAUGGUUUAAAACACACAAAAAGAAGAAGAAUAUAUCAUUUUAGUUUCUUAUAUUUACUGUAUGAUUUACUAAAAAAAUAGCAUCUUCAGAUCCUAUAAUCUUCGUGGAUAAAGAUACCAUAUGAUCGAAAAAAACCGGUGUCAAAGACCCCCCCAGCUGGGAACAUUAUUUAUCCACGAAGAUUGAUAAGAUCUAAGUAUCUAUUUAUCUGAUGUAACUUAAACAAAUUUCUUUAAAAUGUGCAAUUUUUUAACUUAAAAAAAACACAGGCGUGUAAACCCGAUACAAUUUUAAAGCUAGCUUUAAGAUGACUAAAAAUCGGAAUCAAUAGUUAAGAUAAACAUUGUGAUGUUCUAUGAUUUAAAUCGUAAUAUUUAUUAGUCGAUAAGUUUUAAAUUUAUUAAAGAAAAUGUUCAAACUUAUUGUAUUAAGGUUUCUACUGCACUAAAAUCAUCGUCUUGCCAAGAAUUGUUGUAUUAUUAUUUAAUUAUAUUAUUUAAAAAUAACUUUAAAGUAAAACUGCAAAAGCUAUACACUUUUAAUAAAAUGAAUCGCAUAAAAAAUAAUAAUGAAUUGAAAAAUUCAGAUAGAGCUAAUCUAAUAGGUAUAUUAAAAUAAUAAGAGGAAUAUAAUAAAACAAUAAUAGAAGUAAAAUUUUUCAGUGAAAGAUUUUAUUAAAAAAUUGGGAAAUAAAAAUACUAAAUUACAUGUAUUAAAUUUAAAUCCUAUGAAAACGAAUACCAAAAAAGAAACAUUGUAAUAAAAAUACCGUAUGAACGAAAAAAAACGGCGUCAAAGACAGCUGAGGAAUGAUAAUCGAUAAUAAUUUUGGCGAGGUCAAUCUUCAAACGUCAUUUUAUAGGAUUUUUGAUAUAUUGAGGCACAAUAUUGAUAUGAAUAAUAUAUCGAUAUAUCGAAAACAGUAUAUUAUAAUAAUAGAAAUAUUAUUAUAUGUAUAUACAGGCGUGCUUUUUUUGAGUGGUAAACUAUUGAAAUUCUUAUAUAAUCAGAAUGUUCUGUGAGGUUUUCGCAAUAUAAUCCGUUAUCCACAUAACAUAAUAUUUAGAAAUCUUUGUUUAAUAACAACUCUCACAUAAUUCAUUGUUUCUCAUAAAAAUUAUAAAAUCAACAGUAAAAUUGUGGUUUCGCAGCCGUCUUUGACGCUCUUUUUUUUUGGAAGGUAUGGUAUUCUUUCCCCUCUCUCUCUAAAUAUUUUAAUAUACUUAGAUUAGCUAUAUUGCAAAUAUAACUUUUGGAGAGUUGUAUAAUUGUUUCAAACAAAAAAUUUUCAAUAAAAAAAAGUGAGUACUAUGUAAGAAUAUGAUAUCCAAGAUAUAAAAAAAUAUCAAUUAGCUAUCUCUUGGGGGUCUCUGUACAAUUAUUUAAUGAUAGUUUGGUUCUCAACUCGAUAUAAUUGUAGAUAGAAACAUAGUAGUUAAAAGAAGACUGUUAAACAUGUUACAAUAUUUUUAGUCUUAUUUAAUUUUUAUAUAUUAUAUACUAUGGCUAAGUAAAAUAUGUUUUAAACAUUUUGUGAUAUAUAAGCUAAAGUUUCGGUUUAAUAAUACUUUUAUUUACCUACCAUUUUAUUAUUAUAUUGCUUUUAUCUGGUAUAUAAUAAUGGAUAAAUAGUUUUUAAGACGAAGUUAGUAGGUUUCGAGUUAUACAGGAUGUCUCAAUAUUCCGUGGACGUAGAACUACGACGUAUUUUUGGAAUCAAAAUAAGGUCAAUGGACACAAUUUAACUUUAUACAAAAGAGCUUCGUUUUGUCCAUCAAAAAAAAAUAAACCCAAACGAUAAUCAAUUAAAAAUUUAUGAUGCUUAUUGUCAAAUAUAAUUUGUGAUACUUUUGUAAUACUAACCAUCUUCAUUCGCCAUGUGUCAAGUGUGUAGGGUAGUUUUUGCCUUUUCUGUACCUUUUUCCUGAUUUUUGUGAAAGUCAAAUGUUGAAGCACUUAGCAAAACAUAAGCACCCCAAAUCUCAUUCAAAUCGGAAUAACGGUUUUUAAAAUAUCUUAAAAAACGUGUUUAUUUUUAAGUUCACGCCUCUAACGGACAAACGAAGCACUUUUGUCUAAAGGUAAAUUGUGUGAAAUUAACUUAAAUUGAUUCCAAAAAUACGUAGAAGUUCUAUGUCUAUGAAUUAUUGGAACACCCUGUAUAUAAUAAAACUCAAAACUUAUGAACAAAUAAAGGCCAAAAAAUGAUUGCAAUUGUCUUGUAUUAUAUUUAAAUAAAGCAUAAUAAUAAUUCUCACGAUAAUUUUUAAAGUAAUUACUAGGUUAUUGAGUAGAUUAUAACGAGAUAAAUCCAGUUUUUUGGGGUAUUACAUUAUAUGUAUAUAGAAAAGAAAGACAAUUAAAUAAUGAAUAGCAGAAGUUUUCAAUUAAAAAUGAAAUACAAAUUAUUGAAGGCUGGUUUAUACUUCCUAUGUUUUUUGUUACAUAUAUUACAGUAUAAAAUUUUCCCAAAAAUGAUUUGAGCAUAAAGGCACCUAAAUAUGGACCACUAUAAAACAAACAAUUCAAAUUAACUAAAACGUAUAUCAGAUUUUUUUUAUUAAUCACAUUCAGACAAGACCUCUAAAAUAAUCAACAAACAUGUAAUCAAUGCAUUGUUAUAAUAUACUAGUUCCGAAAAACUAACAUUAUAUUUACUAUUGGUAUUGAGCAUUGUUUUUUUAUUCUGCUGCUUGGCUGCCGCCUAACAGUUUAAAAAGAAAUGCCGCUGUUAAAAAUUUAUCAUAAAAUAUAUAAAAAUCUGACUUAACCUUUAUAAAAUAGGGUGUAUUCUGUUGCUUACCUUGGUUAUGGUUUUAUGUUCCGUUUCUAUCGGUUUCCUGAAAGUUUUCUUAUUAUGGAACACGGUCCUGAAAAAUUCGGUUAUCACUGGUUAGCACUGUUACCAAACUAACCAGCGCGAGAAGGCUGGUUUUUCUGGUUUUGUUUGUCUCAAUCAUGUCAUUUAUGACAUGAUUGUGUCAUAAAUGUGAACAUAAAAGGUUGUGACAGACAUCAAGCAAAUAUUGAAAGUUCGAGUGAAAUUCUCAUUUAAUUUCUAAAAUUUGUAAUAAUAUUUUGUAUUUACAUCCAAAAGCAA